AUGUCAUCAGAAAAGUCAGGCCUCCAGGACUCCGUCCCGCACACCUCGCCGCCGCCCUACAACGCCCCGCAGCCGCCCGCCGAGCCCCCCGCGGCCCCGCCGGCGGCCCCGGCGCACCACCACCACCACCACCACUACCACCAGUCGGGCACCGCCACCCUCCCGCGCCUGGGGGCCGGCGGCCUGGCGGCGUCCGGGGCCUCGGCGGCGCGCGGGCCCUCGUUCUCCGCCACCCUGCCGCGGCCCCCGCACCACGCGCCGCCCGGCCCGGCCCCCGGGGCGCCCCCGCCCGGCUGCGCCACCUUGCCCCGCAUGCCGCCCGACCCCUACCUGCAGGAGACCCGCUUCGAGGGCCCGCUGCCCCCGCCGCCGCCCGCCGCCGCCGCCCCGCCGCCGCCCGCGCCCCCGCACGCCGCCCAGGCCCCCGGCUUCGUGGUGCCCACGCACCCCGGGGCGGUGGGCACGCUGCCGCUGGGGGGCUACGUGGCCCCCGGGUACCCCCUGCAGCUGCAGCCCUGCACCGCCUACGUGCCGGUCUACCCCGUGGGCGCGCCCUACGCCGGGGGAACCGGGGGCGCGGGAGUGGCCUCCACGCUGCCCACGCCGCCGCAGGGCCCGGGGCUGGCCCUGCUGGAGCCCAGGCGCCCGCCGCACGACUACAUGCCCAUCGCCGUGCUGACCACCAUCUGCUGCUUCUGGCCCACCGGCAUCAUCGCCAUCUUCAAGGCGGUGCAGGUGCGCACGGCGCUGGCGCGCGGAGACAUGGUGUCGGCCGAGAUCGCGUCGCGCGAGGCGCGCAACUUCUCCUUCAUCUCGCUGGCGGUGGGCAUCGCGGCCAUGGUGCUCUGCACCAUCCUCACCGUGGUCAUCAUCAUCGCCGCGCAGCACCACGAGAACUACUGGGACCCGUGA